UAACAAAGUCGGCGACUCCCGCGAUCACGAGCCUUUAAAAUUAAAUUGUCUCUCUCUCUCUCUCUCUCUCUCUCUCUCUCCCCAAUUCGAACCUCAAAAUACCCAAAAUCAAAACCUGAAACGCAGCAAUUUCAACCAAUUCAUACUCCAAUUAAUUGAAACCCAUUUACCGUCGCGAAAAAUGAAACAGAAGCUCCAGCAGAUCUUCCUUCAAUUACCGAAUUCUAAACUACAAACCCUAACCCUAGAUUCCACCCAAAUUCUAACCCUCCACGAUCUCAAGCUUUCUCUUUUUCCCAACAACCAUCAAAAUUUGUCAUCUUUCUUCUUCACACUCAAUGGAAAACCCCUCCUCGAUUCAACACCUAUUCCAAAUCCCCAAAUUACCUCUCUUUCCACCCUAGUGUUACACUCCCGUCUCCCCGGUGGCGGUGGGGAUGGCGGCGCUACAGGGGCUGAGUCACGCGAUUGCUAUCUCAAUAUGUAUGCAGAGAAAAAGCCCGAUAAAGUUGACCCAAAUGAGCAAAGACUCUCUAAAUGGCUCAAUUGUGCUCUCUCUAAUGAGCCCUUGAUGCAGCCUUGUGUAAUCGAUAAGCUUGGUAAUGUAUUUAACAAGGAAGCACUGGUAGAGGCUUUGAUUGGUAAAAAAUUGCCCAAGGAAUUUGGUUAUAUAAAGGGUUUAAAGGAUAUGAUCAAUAUUAAGUUAGAGCCAAUUCCUGGUGAGAAGGAGGAGCUGUAUGGUGCUAAGUUUCAUUGCCCAAUAUCGGGAUUAGAGUUCAAUGGGAAGUAUAAGUUUUAUGCUUUGAAGAAUUGUGGUCAUGUUUUGAGUGCUAAGGCAUUGAAGGAAGUGAAAUCAUCAGCGUGUCUGGUUUGUUACAAGGAAUUUGAGGAAUUUGAUAAGAUUGUGAUAAAUGGAAGCGAUGAGGAGGUGGCAGAUUUGAGGGAGAGGCUGGAAGAGGAGAGACUAAAAGUCAAGGAUAAGAAGUCAAAGAAGGUGAAGAAGGGGGAAGUGGGUGUUAAUGGAGGAGAUGAUUGUGUGGAUUUGGAUACGUCGCGGUUGAUAGGUAAAAAACAUGGUAUUAGUGAUGAUAAGGGUGUUGAGAAGGUUGUCAGUAAAGUUGUAGGGAGUGGAAAGGUUGAAAAGGUGAAAGGGGUGGGUAAUGGUGGUGCAGUGAAGAAAUUUAAGGCAGCUGAUAUGGCACCUGCUAAUGCUACUAAAGAGGUGUACGCAUCCAUUUUUACUUCUUCAAAGAAGUCAGAUUUCAAGGAGACAUAUAUGUGUAGGUCACUCCCACUUGGAAGGAACUGAUUGUUAAAGGUGUGAGCGCAUAUUGCCUCUUUAAUGAGGUGAUGGUUUAGACUUUCCUUUAUAAGUUGUAACUACAUUUCAUUAUUUGUAAUUGAAAGCACUAUUGUCUUUUGGCUAACCCUUGUGUCAUGCUUUGAUGUAUGGCAAAUCAAAUUUACUAUGUAUGAUUGUGUUUUCUAUCAUGAAGUGUUACUUGGGUGUUUUUCUGUCUCU